AUGACGGGGAACGGGCCGAUGUCGACAAGCUACCAGGAUCUCAUGUCAAGGCACGGGGGGGCAGGAGGAGGAGGAGGAGGAGGAGGGCCAGGAACGAACAUGACAGGGAACGGGCCGAUGUCGACAAGUAUGCAGGAUAUUAGUGGUUCCCCGCAAUCUCCUGUUUUGUCAGGAGGUCCCAGAGAGACUGACAUGUCUCAACUACAGCAGAAAAUUGCAGCUAUCAUGCGUCGAAGUGACCUCACUCCCCAACAGCGGCAGCAGAAGAUUCAAGACAUUAGGAGUGGGAAGGAGGAGACGGAGACAGAGGUCCCCUCAGUCAAGGUUGAGGAGCAGCCUGAAGAUUUCCAAGUUGCUCCUCCAGCUCAUGAAGAUGUUCCUCGGCGCCCCGUCGAUGCUUUUCGCGCUGUUUUCCAGCCUGAAAGUGGGGGCAUAGCAGCAGGCACUCGCCUUGUGCUGCCGUCUGAGCUGAAGAAAGGAGUCGUUCGUCGUAAGGCAAAGAAGGACUGGGGGGAGUGCAUGUUAACAUUUGACAAGAUCAAAGAGCCAGUGCGCGCGAAAGACGGACAUGUCUACGAGAGAUGGGCGAUUGAGAAAUGGUUGUUGGCUGAGAAUAACAAUCGAUCACCCUUGACGAAUGUCACCAUCGAUCCAACGCUUGUUCCGCUCACCGACGACGAUGAGGGUGUUGGGGCUCGGCACGUGAACUCAGAAGUUGUUGAAAAGGCACCUUGUGAUGCCCAGGCGCCUGAAGGCGAAGAAGCUGUAGUGGUGAAGCGAAGCUCGAGGAUCGACGAGGCAAAGCGUCGACUUGCUGAAGAGCGUGCGCACGUGAUGCAGGAGCAAAUGAGCAAGCAAAAGGAGGAGCAGAGUGAAGAGAGUAGGAAAGAAGAGGAGGAAAGGAUGGAGAAACUGAAGAAGCGUGGCUUCAAGGGGUACAGCCCUGGCAUCAGCGAGAAUUCUUUCCGUACCGCGAGCUCCCAUUCAGCUGAGGCGGAUGAUGGGUCGGAAGAGAUGGAAUCCAUCGCGGACCCGUUGGCUGCUUUUGAACUUCCCAACCAGAUCCACCCUGAGAACCUCGUGGGGGUUCCCGGCGUCAGUGCUAUAGCGGCCAAGAACGUCAAGAACGAACAAGAGAGUAAGCCCGCCCCUCAGGCUGACGCCAAGACGACUGUGGCAGAGAGAGCUGCUGCCUUAGCGAGGAAGAAGGAGGACGAGGCGAGGAUUGAGCAGCUGGCAAAGGAGGACCGCGAGGCCUGGGGGGACAACAUUCCGCCUCCCCAGCAAGUAAUAGAAGAAGCCUUCCUCAACGCCUUGCCGCGAGCCGACGACCUCCUAGGAAACCUGGAGAUCAGUGAGAUCCAGAGAUCGAAGAGUCCUGUGCACAUCAACUUCGACUGCCUCGAGGAGAUCACGAUGAGCGGUCGAGUGGUAGACCUCGACCCCGGAGCGCUGCAGCUGCUCAAGGUUGUCAACGCGUUUGACUUGGCAGAGUCAAGUCAGGUAGAAAGCCGGACGUCCCGGAACUUGGACCAGAGCUCUGGCUCUGAUAGUAGGAGGCCGGAGAGCGAGACCCUGCGACCGUUUGCACGCGUGGAGGCGAAGGAACUUCCUACCUUCAAGGAGCCAGUGUUCCAUCAACCCACCAGCUGGCUGCUGGGAUCCGUUCAGCACGUCAGCAUCAACGAGGCCUGGGACUCGGUCAAGGAUGAGAUCACGAAUGCUCCGCGACCGCAGAUGGAGAAGGAGGCCGUCGCUCCGUUCUCUGUGACAGAUCCUGUCGUGAUCAAGAGGCUGUCCGACACCCCGGGGUGGGGGGUGUAUGCGGCCAAGGAGAAGAAACAGCAUGUGGAAGAGCAACAGAAGACCAUGUUCUCUAUGAUGGGGUCUUGGUUUCAUGGCGGGUUCACCAACGAGGACGAGGAGGUGGAGGUCAAGGAGGGGAGGGUGCAGGGGCCUUUGACGAUGGUCCAGAACUGGAUAGGAUGGGAGUGGGCGAGAGAAAGUUCGACCCAGGCUGACAACUUGGAAGCGAUAGAGUCCGAGUCCGAGGGCGAGGAACUGGUCGACGACAGCCAGUCCUGCGAGAAGCCGGAGGAGCCUUCUACUAUCAUCGGGACCGCAUCAGCUCUAAGACAGCUGGGCCUCAAGGGCAGUAGAGUCCGACGCGCGUACAUCCCGCAGAAGCCGAGGACUACAGCGGAGAAGGAGCAGGAGCAAGGAGAUGACGAGGAGAGCGUUCAGCUCGCCCCAAGCUUCAGCUCGCAGGAGGAUGGAGGGAGCCAAGUUGCUAGCCAACAGCUGAGCGCAAACUUGAUCCAUGAAAUCUUUGCAGCGCAAGUGGAGAGCGGCAGUGAGAAGAACAUCUUGUCGGCGGCGAGGAUCGAUGAGCUGUUCACGGAGUAUGAUCAGAGUGAAGUCAGAGGAGCGACUUCUCCGGACGGGCCCCCGUCAAGGGCGAUGGACAGGGAUGGCAUCUUGAAAGCGUUCGACGAGGCAGCGGGCGGUGAGGAGGAUGCUCCGUCUCAUCCGCCGCAGCAAUGCAGGAAGAAUCGCUUCGAGGUGGAGAACAUGGAGGACAUAGUCAACAACGAUCCCCUCCUGAAACAGCAGCAGGAGGAGCUGGAACGCCAGCAGGCAGCGCUGAGGGAUGCAAGGGAGAGGGCCUUCAUGGAGGAGGAGAACAUCCGGAAGGAGGAGAUGAGAGUAGCCGCUGCGCGGAAGCAAGAGAAGAUCCGCCAGGAGAUCCUCGAGGAAGAGAACCGGCAGAAGAAGUACAUGAUGGAGCUAGAAGCGAAGAGGAGGGAGCUCGAGCAGGAGCGUGAGAGUUUGCUGCGGCCUCAAGUCAACUCCUCGAUGUUGAAGAUGAAAGAAGCAGAGAGGGUUCCCCUCAGCUCUCAGCCCUCCAGGCAGCAUGAGGAGGAGGCUUACCGGCUGCAGCUGCAGAUGCAGGCGCAGAAGGAGGCUUUGGAGAUGGAGCGGAGGAAGCUGGAGAUCGAGCAGCAGCAGCAGAAGCUGGAGAUCGAGAGGGAGAGGAUGAAGCUGGAGAAAGAGACUCUGAGGCGGAGGCAGAAGGAGAAAGAGGCUCAGCUGAAGCUGGAGAAGGAGAGGAUGGAGAGAGAGAGCGAGCAGGCGCGGCUGCAGGCACAGAGCCAGUAUUACGAACGCCCUCCCGCACCAUCCAUGGCUCCGAGCCGCCAGAACGAGUCGAUCCAGCGAUGGCUGGAGUCUUCGGUGCCUCCUUCUGUCAACGCUGGGUCGAUUGCUCCGGGCAGGAAGAACCUUGAUCAGCCGAGGCCGAUCAGCAUGCAGGACGUGCAGCUGUGGCUGCAGGACAUCGGCAUGUCCAAGUACGGGCGCAUGUUCGCAGACAACGAGAUCGAUGGGGAGAUGCUGCUGACGCUGACUGACAAGGACCUGGCGGAGAUCGGAGUGCCAGCAUGGACAGGAGACCGUCAGCGAAUCCUCCUCUCAGUGCAGGCCCUCCUGGACCCCUCCCUGGCAACCGCCAUCGACACGUCGGUCAGCAGCAGGAACUAUGCAGCGUCCCUUCCGCCAGCUCCGUCGGUCUUCAGCGCAGCUAGAUCGGCAAUUCCUGCACAGGCUUCUCACUUCCCAGCUGACGGGAUCCAGACCCCCGUGGGCGAGUGGCUCGCAAGCAUCGGCUUCGGGAGGUUCAAGACGCUCUUUGCGGAGAGCAACAUCCAUGAGCUCCGAGACCUGGCGCAGAUGGAGGGACCAGACCUCCUCCAGCUCGGCAUCCCUGAGGCUGGCGGCCAGCUGGGCAGGCUGCAGGCCUCUAUUGCUGGCUUGCGUUACACCCUGCAGGCGGGAGGAGCGCAGGGCGGGGACGAUCGAUGGGAGACGGAGACGGUGUCGACGACGGCGACUUCCAAGUCGGGGAAGGGCAAGAGAGGGAAGAGCAAGGAGAGAAAGAAGGCCCUUCUGGACUUCUCGUUGAUCGAGGAGUUUGUGGAAGUCUCAGACAUCUCUGCGCAGCGUUGGAGCAAGGUCACGGCUCACCUGGAGGCGAACGAGCUGAGGCUGUACAAGGGGCACAAGACGCCUGUCAAGGGGGACAAGCCCAAGACGCUGUUGAGGAUGGACGGGCUGAUCAUAGACGAGUCGGACAAGAAGGCCAACACAGUCUUCGUCGUCAAGAGUCUGUUCGCGAGCUCGACGGGAGACAUUCUGAUCGCUCUCAAGGACGCGGCAACCACGAAGCUGUGGAAGCAGAGGCUGCAAGGGGCCUCCUUCUUUCACAACAUGCCCCGAGAGAAGCAGCUUGCUGGGCUGACCAAGAAGACGGUCAAGCCGGCCGAGGGGAAGUCCAGCCGCCCUCUCCAGGCCAACGUGGAUCAGUUCGGCAAUCGUAUCUCCCAGGCUCCUGCGGUAGAGACCAGACAGGCUGCCGUGACGAAGCAGGUGGAGGCUUCGAGUCGCCGGAUCAGCCAGGGGCCAUCGGAAGACCGGUCCUCUUCUACCAAGGCUCCUUUCAACGGCCCUGUCAAAUCCUUCACGAUCAAGAACUUGAUAAUCAGGAACGCUUCUCAGGUCUUCGACGACCCUGUCCUCGUUGUCAGGGUCUACGGACAUGGCGGAAGUUUCAAGUUUCCCUUCGCCGACAUCCCGCUCAAGCCGGCUGAUGAUAAGGCCAUCCUACGAUUUGACAUCGGAGCCAAGACGGCGAUCCCUGACGACUACGAUUCCGUUGUCUUCUUCGAGCUCAAGAACAAGCUCACGCCAAGUCAGGUCAAAGGGAUGGGCCAGGCCACUAAGUACUGGACGUGCGUCUCCUUCAACCUCCUUCGGCAGGGAGCUCUGGAGCUUCCCAUCUACAAGGCGCCGGUGGAGUACUGCCUGUCGAAGCAGAAGAGAGACGUCAAGGCGAACAGCUACCUCAACGUGCAAGUGCACUAG